AUGGUUCCCCCGCUGCGCGUUCCCCCGCUCAACCUGAAUGGCGGAAAAAUCCCCGAACCGGUGACGUCCAACACAUCCCAAAGCCCCUUCGCUGUUGCCGCGGCCACCCACCCGGCGAUGAUUGACCCCGCGGGCGCGAAGAAGAUCUCCGUGCCGCAUGUGCUGCUCGCGUUGCGGGAAAAGGCCCCGGAGACGGUGCAUGGGUGGAUGGCGGUGCGGGCGGAUUUGAGCGAUUCCCGGGUGCGGGAGGAGGAUCUCCGGGGGUACUGGACGGUGUUGCGGUUUUAA